AUGGCCUCUCUCACAUCCUCUGUCGAAAACUUCGUCUCUGCCAUCUUUGGCAUCUUUCGCAACGUCAUCGACUCAAUCUUUGCCGUUUUCACAUCGAUCCUUGCACUCUUCCAGUCCGCUGUUGUCGGUGUAUUUGACCUGGCCAAGAGUUUCUUGAACUUCCUGUUGUCAAAUAUCUUCGUUCUAUCUGUUAUUGCAAUCGGGUUCGUUCUCUACACCGCCGUUUUGCAGAAGAACGCUACUGGACAACAUGUUGGUGCUACUGGCAAGAAGAAGGCUGUUUCUUAA